AUGUCUUUCCUCCAGCGACGAGCUGCUCCGCUUCUUCGCCCUCCUACCGCGCUGCUUCGAUGCAGGCGGCCUAUCUCUUCUCUCUCCACCGCUCUCAAGGAGCAUGCUCCCAUUGAUGUCCACCCUGAAGUCCAGGAGGCCCUCGCUCACGGUCGCCCGAUAGUCGCGCUCGAGACUACUAUUGUCACCCAUGGGAUGCCAUAUCCCUCCAACCGUGAGACAGCAAUGUCAGUGGAGAAGAAUGUGCGAACAUCCGGCGCGGUUCCAGCCACCAUUGGGAUCAUCGAGGGGCGGGUCAAGAUUGGGCUGGGACCUCAAGAGCUGGAGCGUCUCGCCGACGUCUCAGCUAAUCCCUCUGUCGUGAAGCUGUCUCGUAGGGAUCUAGCCGCGGCGAUAGCGGCGAAAAAGGAUGGGGGAACGACAUGCAGCACUACUUUAAUCCUUGCGGCACUUGCUGGUAUCAAGGUUUUCUCUACCGGAGGACUCGGAGGAGUCCAUCGUGGUGGAGAGACGACUAUGGACAUCUCUGCUGAUCUUCAUGAACUCACGCGCUGCCCUGUUGGGCUCGUUUCUGCUGGUGUCAAGUCCAUCCUGGACAUAGGAAAGACAUUAGAAUACUUGGAAACGCUCGGUGUGCCUGUUGUAUCAUAUGGUCCUUCUGACGACUUCCCCGCGUUCUACAGCAGGCGCAGUGGGUUCAAGAGCCCGUGGCGAGUUGACAGUCCUGAAUCCGCCGCUCAGAUUCUUUACACGCAGAACCAGCUGGGCAUGUCAAAUGGUGCCCUUUUUGCUGUGCCUAUACCUGAACAGUAUGAGGAGGUUGGCGAAGAGUUGCAACGAGCCGUUGAACAAGCUGUUCGUGAAUCUGAAGGCAACGGCAUCAGUCGUCGGGGAAAGGAAGCAACUCCAUGGCUUCUGAAGCGAGUAGGAGAGCUUACCGCGGGGAAAUCGUUGGAGAGCAAUAUUGCUUUGAUCAAGAACACCGCUCUGAUAGGGGGCCAGAUUGCCGCGUCGUAUUCUCGAUUAAUGGGCGGUCCUGCGGUUGCCUCACAGCCUCAUCUAUCUCAAACUUCACCUACGCCUUCGAGCCAGCCACAGCCUGAACAGGGCGAAUCUAUGGUUGGCUCAGAUUUCAAUGCAUCGCCAAAACUGGUUAUCGUUGGUUCUGCAGCGGUCGAUAUCACGGCUCGAGCGGAUCCCGUGGGUGGAGCGGCCAACACGAACAAGAUGCAUACCACCACUCCCGGCGUAGUCUCCCUGACUUCGGGAGGGGUUGGACGCAACGUUGCCGAGGCCUCCCAUCGCAUAUUAUGCUCUUACCCGGAUGGCUAUUCUACAGAGACCCUCCUCAUUUCACCCAUAGGCGAGGAUGGCUUUGCCGAACUGUUGGUUUCCGACUCAAAACGACUUAGAAUGAGGACGGAUGGUCUCAUUCAGGUGCCCAAAGGCCGCACUGCCGUCUGCAAUAUGGUCCUCGAUAGUGCUGGGAGCCUAACAAGCGGUGUAGCCGACAUGGAUAUCGUUCGGACCUUCGAAGCUUCUAAGAUCAUUGGCAUCUUAGACCAGCACCAGCCUAGCAUCAUAGCUGUUGAUGCCAAUACGUCUGACAAGACUUUAAAGUCUCUGGUUGAUUACGCAAACAAACGCAAUAUCUCCACACCGAAGUCCACAGUUAUUUUCCCGGCGAUCGCUGCCGCGCUGAACUCCGCCGAUGUUACUCGCGCACCAGUCACUUUCGCCACGCCAAACGUCCUCGAGCUGGCUCACAUGUACCAAGAAGCUUGUGCCUCGUCCCUCGAACUUACCUCACACCGCUACUGGUGGCAGGUCAUCGACCACAUGGGGCUCGGCAGCCAGUUCCGCAACGAACUCGAACAACUUGCCCGAUACAGCGCAUUCGCGGAAGGUGACACAGUCGCCAACGGCACGCUCGCUUUCCUUGUCGACAACGGCGUCGCGCAAAUGGCUAUUAACCUCCUUCCAUUCUUCCAACAUCUCAUCAUAAAGUGCGGGGAGCGCGGCCUCAUCACUGCGUUCCGCAUCACUGGGGAACAGGCGCAGACGUCAGCCUGGGCAAAGGAGGCAAGCAAUAUCGCCGUCGCACGUCAAAUCGUUUCCGCCAACGGUGUGGGGACCAGCAUCGUGGUAUUUAAGCACUUCCCGCCCAUCCGGGUGUCCGACGACAAGAUCGUGAACGUCACUGGAGCCGGGGAUUCGCUUGUCGGUUCGAUGCUUGCCAGCCUCUCGCAAAACCCGGAUGCCUUCCAGAGCCCCGAGGCUCUGGACAAGCUGGUGUCUCAAGCUCAGCUGGCAGCCGUCUACACUUUGCAGAGCGAAUACGCCGUAUCUCCGAGGCUCUCUAGUUUACGGAGUAAUGGGUCGUUGGAUUAA